AUGCGUGAAGUAAUAAGUAUCCACGUAGGUCAAGCUGGUGUCCAAAUCGGCAAUUCAUGCUGGGAACUGUAUUGUUUAGAACACGGCAUCAAACCAAAUGGUGAAAUUCCAGAUGAUCAGCUGAAAACUGGAGGAUUUCAGGAGGCCUACGAUACUUUUUAUAGUGAAGGUGCUGCUGGCAGACGUGUUCCAAGAGCAGUAUUUGUUGAUUUAGAACCUACUGUUAUUGACGAAAUUCGUACAGGUGAAUACCGACAACUAUUUCAUCCAGAUCAACUGAUCACUGGUAAUGAAGAUGCUGCUAAUAACUAUGCGCGUGGUCACUACACCAUAGGUAGAGAGUUGAUAGACGAAGUCCUGGACAGGAUCAGAAAGCUUUCUGAAAAUUGCCGUGGACUUCAAGGAUUCCUGAUAUUUCAUAGUUUUGGUGGAGGCACUGGAUCUGGUUUCAGUUCAUUGUUGAUGGAAAGACUUUCUGUUGAUUAUGGCAAGAAAUCUAAGUUGGAGUUCUCUAUAUAUCCUGCACCACAAAUCUGUACUGCUGUAGUGGAACCAUACAAUGCUGUGUUGACCACACAUACAACCCUUGAGCACUCCGAUUGUUCUUUUCUCGUCGAUAAUGAAGCUAUUUACGAUUUAUGUAGAAGGAACUUAAACGUUGAACGGCCAUCUUACACAAAUCUCAAUCGAUUGAUCAGCCAAAUUGUGAGUUCAAUCACUGCCUCGUUACGUUUUGAUGGAUGUCUGAACGUAGAUCUAACGGAAUUUCAAACCAACUUGGUGCCGUAUCCGAGAAUUCAUUUUCCAGUCGCCACGUAUGCUCCUAUCAUAUCUUCCGAGAAAGCCUACAAAGAGCAACUGACAGUGAGUGAAUUGAGUAAUGCUUGUUUUGAACCAGCAAACCAAAUGGUAAAAUGUGAUCCAAGGAAUGGCAAAUACAUGUCUUGCUGUAUGUUGUUCAGGGGUGACGUCGUACCAAAAGAUGUUAGUGCGGCUAUAGCUAAUAUUAAAACUAAGCGUUCAAUACAGUUUGUAGACUGGUGUCCAACAGGAUUUAAAGUUGGUAUCAAUUACCAACCGCCAUCUGUUGUUGUUGGUGGUGAUUUAGCCAAGGUCCCCAGAGCUGUUUGUAUGCUGAGCAACACAACAGCUAUUUCAGAGGCAUGGAAUAGAUUAGAUCAUAAAUUCGAUCUAAUGUAUGCUAAGAGAGCCUUUGUCCAUUGGUAUGUUGGUGAAGGUAUGGAAGAAGGUGAAUUUGCUGAAGCUAGAGAAGAUUUAGCUGCUCUUGAGAAAGAUUAUGAUGAGGUAGCAGCUGAAUCAUUAGAUUAUGAAGAUGAUGAUGACGUUGAACAUUCAGAAUAUUAA